CAGCAACGGCGUCGGUUGGCAGCGGACUACCGAAAACAAACGAUCGGGUGAGACCGUGUGCUGUGACUAUCUGUCCGUGUAGUCUUCACCGGUCCUCACACACAGCUACACACACACAAGCGCGCGCAGUAGCCUACUGCCAAAUCGCGCGGUCUCUCACGCGCAUACUCUCUGCUAGCCAGACAGAUACAGAAGCAAUGGGAGACAAUUACUGAGGCAACCACGGAGAGAUACACACUGAGACCGACUAUGGCUGUGGACGCAGCGUCCAGCUUCAGUUUCUGCCGUGCGUCCCUGGAGCACACAGUGUCUGUAGAGGAGCUCAGCUACCAGCUGCCUCGUCGGCCAGGGGCCAGUCUGACCUGGCACGAUGGGAGGGGGCAGAAGAACACACACACUGUCAAACUACUGCAGCAGCCUGGCACAGAGGGCAUACAGCUGCGUCCAGGCGAAGCAUUCACUGUGUACCACACCAGCCCUACUCUGUCCAGUCUGUCCAAACCAGUGGUUCUGUGGACCCAACAGGAUGUCUGCAAGUGGCUGAAGAAACACUGUCCCCACAACUACCUGACCUACGUAGAAGCCUUCUCCCACCAUGCUAUCACAGGUCGCGCAUUGCUGAGGUUGAACGGGGAGAAGUUGGAGAGGAUGGGCAUUGUCCAAGAAACAUUGAGACAGGAGGUUCUACAGCAGGUCCUUCAGCUACAAGUCAGAGAGGAGGUCCGCAACCUGCAGUUGCUCAGCAGAGCCUCCUUUGGAAACAUCUCUUAGCUCAUCCCUCCGUCCAUUUGGCAGCCCUCACUCUCCUCUGCUAUUUCCAGUAGCCAUGGAAGGACCUGCUCACUCCAGAUAUGUGAACGCAGAAUAGGGCUGUGAGAGGAGGGAAGAAAGGAGGGGAGAGAGGACAGAAAAGAAGAGUGAAGAGGAGCCUUUAGACUACAUGCCAAACACACUGAAGGAGGUUUCCCAUUCAACAAGGCCAAACUGGUUUAAAUGAUGAGAGAGAGAGAGAGAGAGAGAGAGAGAGAGAGAGAGAGAGAGAGAGACAGAGAGAGAGAGAGAGAGAGAGAGAGAGAGAGAUAGAGAGAGAGAGAGGGAGGGAGGUGCUGAAUACAAGGGCACACACUGUAACAUAGAUAUAAGAUGUUUGAAAGGAUAUUGACAAUGUAGACAAAUUAGAUCUUAACUACAACAGAUUCCCCCCUUUUUGGUUUAUUGUUUUGUUUUGGGGUGUAGAGAGGAGUAUUGUUACUGAUCAAUUACUGUAGUUCAUUAUGGUGGGUGCAUUACUCCAAGGUUGGUGGAAAGCAAAUGCAGCAAACUACUGAAUGUCAAUGUCUCUGUAUCAUACUCACAUCACAACCCGACUGUUCACAAUGUAUCUUUUCCACUCAGGAUUUUCAUUUUGGAAUAUGUAUUUAUAGUUUUGAUAGAUCUAAUUCAUACAGUAUAAAGUAUAUAUACUCUUGCCUUCAUUAGCACCCUCUCCCCAUAGCACAUUCUCUUCCUUUAAUCUCUUUUAUAAAGCCUUGUCUUCACAAUGUACAGAAUGUCACCCCCCAAAUCAUGUGUUUGUACUGUAAAUGAACCAUGUCUAUGACAAACAUACAGGACCAGUCAAGAGUUGGGACACACCGACUCAUUCAAGGGUUUUUCUUUAUUUUUACUAUUUUUACAUUGUAGAAUAUUGGUGAAGAAAUCAAAACUAUGAAAUGACAUAUGGAAAAAUGUAGAAACCAACAAAGUGGUAAACAAAUCUAAAUAUAUUUUCUAAUUUGGAUUCUUGAAAGUAGCCACCCUUUUCCUUAAUGACAGCUUUAAACACUCUUGGCAUUCUUUCAACCAGCUUCAUGACGAAUGCUUUUCCAACAGUCUUGAAGGAGUUCUCACAUAUGUUGAGCACCUGUUGGCUGUUUUCCUGUCACUCUGCGGUCCAACUCAUCCCAAUCCAUCUCAAUUGGGUUGAGGUCAGGUGAUUGUGGAGGCCAGGUCAUCUGAUACAGCACUCCAUCACCCUCCUUCUUGGUCAAAUAGCCCUUACACAGCCUGGAGGUGUGUUGGGUAUUGUCCUGUUGAAAACAAAUUAUAAUCCCAAUUAAGUGCAAACCAGAUGGGAUGGUAUAUCUCUGCAGAAUGCUGUGGUAGCCAUGCUAGUUAAAUGUGCCUUGAAUUCAAAAUAAAUCACUGACAAUGUCACCAGCAAAGCCCCCCACACCAUCACACCUCCUCCUCCAUACUUCACGGUGGGAACCACACAUGCAGAGAUCCUCCUUUCACCUGCUCUGUGUCUCACAAAGACACAGUGGUUAUUUGGGCUGUAAGCUGAGGUGCAGUUAACUCUAAUGAACUUAUCCUCUGCAGCAGAGGUAACUCUGGGUCUUCCUUUCCUGUGGCGGUCCUCAUGAGAGCCAGUUUCAUCAUAGCGCUUGAUGGUUUUUGCGACUCCACUUGAAGAAACUUUCAAAGUUAUUGAAAUGAUCUGGACUAACGGACCGUCAAGUCUUAAAGUAAUGAUGGACUGUCUUUUCUUUUGCUUAUUUGAGCUGUUCUUGCCAUAAUAUGGAUUUGAUCUUUUACAGAAUAGGGCUAUCUUCUGUAUACCACCCCUACCUUGUCACAACACAACUGAUUGGAUCAAACGCAUUAACGAAAGAAAUUCCACAAAUGUACUUUUAACAAGGCAAACCUGUUAAUUGAAAUGCUUUCUAGGUAAAUACCUCAUGAAGCUGGUUGAGAGAAUGCCAAGAGUGUGUAAAGUUGUCAUCAAGCCAAAGGGUGGCUACUUUGAAGAAUCUCAAAUAUAAAAUAUAUUUUGAUUUGUUUAACACUUUGUAAAACCCUUGAAUGAGUUGGUGUAUCCAAACCUUUGACUGGUACUGUAUAUUAUUUCAACGUUCUAGAGGAACAUAAGCUGUAGACCUGAAUAUAAUGUAGACCUAUACCUUUAGCAUUUUAUAAACAGAGGAUUUUGAUAGGUCAUGCUAUGACAGAUGUUUGCUGUGAUUGUUUCUGCCCUAGCUGUAUUUGAUAAAGCAAUAAUCAGAGAUGUAGCUGGCCAAAAGCAAUGGUUAUAUUCUACUAGUAUGAGUCAAAUGCCUACAUCUCCCAUGAUGUAGUAGAAGUAUACUGUACUUACAACUCCAUUGUGUAAAAAUAAUCCAUUUUUGUGUGUUUCCCAUAACACCACAAGUGCACAACUCCAGUUCUCGAGGGCUCCUAUCCUGCUGGUCUCUCUCUCUCUCUCUCUUCUUUCUCUCUCAUUGAUCAGUUAGUGUAACUGAUUGACUACUGAUUCCACACACCUGGUAGCCCAAGGAAUCAACUUGUCAUUGAAAGGGAGCAUAUGGUGUAUACUGUUCGCCCUGGAGGACUGAAGUUAUGCACCUCCACCCUACACCAUGUCUCUCAUUGAUAGCUAUACAUAUUACAGAGAUUAUUGAGAGGAACCAGACCAGCUGCCUGCUAUUACUGUCACACUGUGAAUCCAGACACCUUUACUGUGCUUCAUAAACGUACCAGAAAUCACAUACUCAGCAUGACCGUAAAUAAAGAUCCUCUGAAGAAAGCAACAUAGGCCAAUAUACAGGUAACUGACUAAAUGAAGGAAAUGCUUGAGUAAAUGAGAGAUACAAAGUAUAUUGAAAGCAGGUGCUUCCACAAAUGUGUGGUUCCUGAGUUAAUUGAGCAAUUAAUAUCUCAUCAUGCUUAGGUGUCAUGUCUACAAAUCCCCAGUUGACCGUUACUUCAGCUACCAUGGCUAGAAGGAAAGAUCUCAGUGAGUCUCAAAUGAGCAUAGGGGGUUUAAAGUGUGUGUGUUUGUGUGUGUGUGUGCGUGCGUGCGUGUGUGUGUCAGUCACCAGAUCUCAACCCAAUUGAACACUUGUGGUAGAUUCUGGAGCGGCGCCUGAGAUAGCGUUUUCCACCAUCAACAAAACACCAAAUUUCUCCUGGAAGAAUGGUGUCACAUCCCUCUACUAGAGUUCCAGACAAUCUAUGCCAAGGCACAUUGAAGCUAUUCUGGUGGCUGGUGAUGCCCCAACCAUGCAUCAUCUCACACUUUCACUUUGAGAUUUGACGUAAUUGGAAGAAUGUCAAUGUUUUUUGACCCAUUAAUUCCCAACGCUCUAUUUGACACUUUAGUUUGGUGUUUCCUUUAUUUUGACAGUUACAUGUACAGUAUGUGUUUUUGUUUCAUUACGAAAAUGAAGGUUCACUUUUCAGAAUUGAUGGUGAAGGGGAGCAGGUCUUCUAUGGUUGAGCAUAGACCUAUUCUGGGGAACAGGCUACCCACUGGGCACACACGGGUUGAAUCAACGUUGUUUCCAUGUCAUUUCAAUUAAAUUACUUUGAACCAACGUGGAAUAGACAUUGAAUUGACAUCUGUAACCAGUGGGAAGGCUCCCAUCCUUUCCUCAAUCCCUCCCUCUACCCCUCCCUCAAUCCCUCCCUCUACCCCUCCCUCAAUCCCUCCCUCUACCCCUCCCUCUAUCCCUCUCUCCAUCCCUCCCUAUCUCUAUCCCUCCCUCUACCCCUUCCUCUAUCCCUAUCUCUAUCCCUCCCUCUAUCAUCCCUCUCUAUCCCUCCCUCAAUCCCUCCCUCUAUCAUCCCUCUCUAUCCCUCCCUCUACCCCUCCCUCUACCCCUCCCUCCCCCUCUCUCUAUCCCUCCCUCUACCCCCUCCCUCAAUCCCUCCCUCUACCCCUCCCUCUACCCCCUCCCUCUAUCCCUCCCUCAAUCCCUCCCUCUACCCCUCCCUCUAUCCCUCCCUCUACCCCUCCCUCUAUCCCUCCCUCUACCCUCCCUCUAUCCCUCCCUUCAGUUGACAAGGACUGUCUGAAUGAGGAAACAACUUGACUGUUAAGUGGAAAAUACACUGUUAUACAUUUGUAGAUGUGUACAGACACUUCUAUUAUUUGUUUGUUUACUUUUUCAGAUCAAGGAUGGGGUUGUUUGUUUUCGAUAUGUUAAGGAAAAGGGUUUUAAAGAUAUGAUUAUUUACUUGCUGUACAGAUGUUAAGAAGAUAUAUGGAAUAUGGAGAAUCUUGGCUUUUUUAAAUAAAGUAAUGCAUAUUCAUGA